GUUCUGACGUAUGCUCGGUUGGCCACCUGGUUCUGCGUGUGUCAUUAUUACGAACAACGAUAAAGGUCAAGCGUUAGGCGGACACGCGACACUCGAGCGAUAAUCGGCGAGCGUGAAACGAGUCGCGGCCAUAAUGCUGCCGAAAAAGGACGGCCAACCAGAGCCGUACGCUCUCGAAGACAUGAUUUCUGAUCUCCAGACACGGCGGAACUCGAUGGAUCAAGAGGACUUCGAAGAUCCAGUGGAAUUAUUAAAGAAACGUGACAGGGAUCUCGUGUUAGCAGCGGAAUUAGGAAAAGCACUACUCGAACGAAACCAGGAGUUAACUAGACAAAGUGAAGCUCUCACUGAGGAGUACUCGUCCAAAUUAGAGAGUCUGGAACAAGAGAGGCACCUGCUCCGACGAAGGCUCGACGAAGUCAAGGGCGAGAACGAGGCGAGAACUUUGGAGCUACAGGCGGACGUACAGACGCUGAGGAGUCAGUUGGAGGAGCAGAAUGAACGUGCUAGACGUGCUGAACGCGAUCAGGCGACUUUGGUCGCGGAGCUCACCGCUCAGAACACGAGGCUGGCCGAUCAGCUGAGAGAAGCCGCGAAGCAGGAAGAGCAAUUGCUCAUCGAGGUCAAGGUGCUCAGGGAAAAGUGCGCCCUCAGAAAUACCACGCUCCAGGAUCACGUCAGUAGCCUGGAGGUUCUCAGGGACGAGGUGCAGCUGGUGUCCGCACAAAGAACAGAAUUAGAGAGGAGGUCCUUGGAGCUGCGAGAGGAGAGGACGAGGGCGAUCGCGGCCCUCGAAGAAGCGGAGGAGAGAGCCGCGGCCUUGGAGCGGCUCGGUCACGAGGCGGAACGUCGUGCGAAGCUGGCUGAACAGGAGAGGGACGAGCUGGCGGCGACGUUGGCGAACAUCGAGGAGGGAAGGAGGGACAGAUCCGGCUCGAUACAGAAACCACCUAGGUCCUUACAGGCGGAGAUGGAGUGCGAGGAGAGUGGAAGCUCGCUGGGAGAGCCGGAGGAUCUGAGAGCCGAGGUGGCGAGGGCAGUGAAGCGGUUGAAGGAACUGUGCGUCCAUCUGAGACGAGGGGAGGAUGACUCAGGACUGCAGAGCGAUUGCGACGAGUCCAUGUUGAUCGUGAACAACACCGCGGAAACAGAAGAGGUGAACACAAAUGGCCAAGAGACUCUCCCUAGCUCGGCCAAUUGUCCCGGUGCGUUGUUAGAUCUCGUGGAGGAGGUGUACAACCUAGCCCUCUCUGGCAGAGGAGCACCAGGCGAGCUGGGUUUGGCCGUGGAGCUGCACAGGGUACGCGAAGAGUUGGAGCACACGAAGGACCAGCUGAAGCAGACUCAGGACGAGCUGAAGAGGCGAGGAGAGGCUUUGCUCGACAUGACGAGCAAGCUGAGCGUCAGCGAGGCUGAAUUACGCGGCGUGAAAGAGGAACGUGACAGAGCUAGGGACGAUAUGGAGCAUACGCAGUUGACGAAAGACGAGGUUAUGGCACAGGCGUACAAAGUCAGGGACCAAGCUGUGGCUAGGAAGAACAGAGCGGAAGUGGAGCUGGCCAAAACCAGGAUAGACGUUCUCCAAGCUAACAGUCAACUGAUGGAGGCCAUUCAACAGAAGGUCGAGCUUAGUCAACAACUGGAACAAUGGCAAAUGGACGUGCAAUCUUUGUUAGACGAGCAAGUUCGUAGUAAAUUGAUGCCUGUCACGAACUCUAUAGCGAAUCCUAAUUCCGACAACUCAGACAUCGUGGCUCCGGCGAGGAAAAAGCGGAGUACCGGCUCGUCGAAGAAGAUGUUCGGUCUGUUUUGACGAAAAUGACUGUUCGCGUGGGAUUUGUUGCGCGAAACGAAAGCCAAGAGACACCGGUGCACGGUGAGAGAAGAAGACUGCGCUCGAAAGGAGGUUCUUUCCCGUAAUUCGCAUUGUAGCGGCAACGUAACAGGGACCAUUCGACCGCUCGUCACUCCAUCGCGUUUGG